AUGGUAAAGGAAUUCAACAGCCAAACAGAACUUAGUGUGAGAUUGGAAGCCCUUUGGGCAGUGCUAUCUAAGGAUUUCAUAACAGUGGUUCCAAAGGUACUUCCUCAUAUUGUGAAAGAUGUGCAAGUGAUUGAAGGUGAUGGAGGGGUUGGAACAAUCCUCAUCUUUAAUUUUUUUCCUGGUGAGUUUNGCGUGAGCAUGUGUAUAUGUGUGAUUCCAAACUUGUAUGGUGAUUAUGCAAGCCAUGUUUAUAUGUCAUGGACGGAUGCUGUGACCAAAAAUUGGUGGAUAAGUAUAGCCAAUACGUUUAUUGGAUAUCUUCCAGCAAAAUUGUUCUCAAACAUGAGUUCAGCUAAUGAAGUAGGUUGGGGUGGAAGAACAAGAACUCAUCCUGGUACUCAAAGUCCUCAAAUGGGAUCUGGCCAUUUUGCUCGUGAUAAUAAUGCUACGCACGCUUGUUUUUAUAAAGAAGUUUCGAUUCAAGAUAAUGAAAGAAAAAAUCAUGGAGCUAAAGUAUAUGAAACUCACUCUUUCAGUGACAAUCCCAAUUGUUACGAUGUUAGAUACUAUGGAGAUCAAGACCCCUACUAUGGUUACAUUCUCCUGUUUGGAGGACCUGGUGGUAAUUGUGGCAAUUAA